GUCGCGACUCAUUCAACAACCCGAACGACGCGUCGCGCUCCGGUAGUGUAGAUAAAAACUAAAGACGAGUGAAUGAACGAAAACAUUCGGGGCUCCAGACGCCUAUCUGGUCAAAUGAAAGAGACGUUUUGUUUUUUAAUUAAUAGAAAAACUGUCAGAUAUGGAAAAUCAUUUACAGAAGUUUUUCCAGUAUCCGUUCAACUUGGAUAAGUUCACGCUGAACGUGUCUGCAGAAGGUCAAAUCAUGGACUCAUCAGCUCGAACGCUGGAAAAACUGGAAAAAGACAAUAAAAAGAAAGAGUCAGUAAAACAGGUGUUCUUGGAUGGAUGCGUGCCCUUUUCUCAUCAGGUGGCCGGGCAUAAAUGGGGGAUCAAUAACACUGGUGUUCUACAGCAUCCUGAUGGAACAAUUCUGAAGCAGCUACAACCUCCUCCGAGAGGCCCACGGGAGAUGCACUUCUAUACACAGGUAUAUGCCAAAGACUGCACAGACACAAGACUUCUGGAUCUGCAACAACAUCUUCCCAGGUUCUACGGCACAUGGGCGCCACGGGAGUCGCCACAUGAGCUGUAUCUGAAACUGGAGGAUGUGACGAAGAGGUUCUUACGGCCCUGCAUCAUGGAUGUGAAGAUCGGGAAGAGAAGUUACGACCCGUUUGCAUCACUAGAAAAACGUGAAGAGCAGAUUAGCAAGUAUCCUCUGAUGGAAGAGAUCGGAUUCCUGUUACUGGGAAUGAGGGUGUACCAGAUCAAUUCAGACAGUUACAUUACUCUUGACCAGUUCUAUGGACGCAGUCUUGGAAAGGACACCGUUAAAAAUGGCCUGACUAGAUUCUUCCACAAUGGUGAAGCCUUACAGAGGCAUGCACUUUCCCUGAUCAUCUCUAAAAUCCGAAGCAUUCUCCGCUGGUUUGAGGGUCAAACUCAGCUCCAUUUCUACGCCAGCUCUCUGCUGCUGGUGUAUGAAGGCUCUCCUCGUACAGUCAACGGAUGGAAACACAAGCGAGCUGAGACAGGAACAGGACAUCAGCAGGGGGAGCCACAGAGCAACUGUAACAAACCCCACGAGGCUCUGAUCGUUCAGGGCAGUUUAACACACAGUCAUCCGUACCGCCGUGAGACCAACGCUAACGGAGUGUGUGCAGGAAGUGUAGAAGAGGAACGUGAGGAAAUUGGAAUGGGGGAGACGAAACAAUUUGGACAGGAGGACGCAGUGGAGGUGAAGAUGAUCGAUUUUGCUCAUGUAUUUCCGAGCAACAGCCCGGAUGAGGGAUACAUGUACGGUCUGAGGAACCUUCUCUCCACUUUAGAACAAAUACUAAAGACUGACAUCUGACCUCCUGAGGGAGUCCAUCUCUCUCUCUCUCUCUCUCUCUCUCUCUCUCUGAUCUGAUAUUUCUAGCUGUUGUUUUCAAUGAAUUUGGAAAAUUGGGUUAUAUAUUUUGAGAAGUUUUAAUCGUACAAUGAAAACUUAAUGUAGCUUUCAGAGCUCAAAACGUCUGGAUAAAAAAGACUGUCACUUUUGCCAACAACUAAAUAAUUUACUAAAUUUAUAGAUAUACCUCAUAAAUCAUAAAUAAACAAUUAUGAUUAUUUUAUCUAAGAAUGCUCUUCUAAUUCCAAAGAAAAUUCUAGUCAGAUUUUAUUGUAUGUUUACCCUUUCUUACUGCCGAAAAUAUUCACUUUUUGCUCCUUUUAAAGAACUUAAUUUAUUUAAUUUUUUUACAAAUAUGUACAAAUAAUUUUUUUAAUCUGUAAAAAACAAU